AUAAUGGAAGAAAUAGACACAGCAGACCCAAAACUCCUUGAUGAGGAUGAUGACUUCUAUCAAAUUGAUUUCGAUAUGACACCGAAAGAAUCAGAUGAGGGUGGCAAGAACAGGCCAAUGGUUCAAAGCAAGCUUUCUAAGGUCAUCGAGGAGGAUGAAAGUCCAUAUACUAACAAAUUCACUCCAAUGGAAGUUAAAGAGAAAGAUGAUUCUUUCUUUGAUAAAAAUCAAAAUAUUGCUUUAUUGAGACAGCAAAUUCAAGAAAAUAUACCUCCAGAAACUGAAGAGAGGCCGAAAUCAUCUCGAAGCAUUGGAAUCGGAGAUGGAAACGUCUUUGAAGAAUCGAAUGAGUCUGAGGAAGACUCUGAAGAAGAGAAAGAUGAAGUCCAUGAACUGAAUUCCCUUCCUCAAGAGGAUCCAGUAAAAUUUAUAGAAGAAACCCCCCUAGUACCUCCAAAACUCAGCCAAAAACAAAGUAACCAGCUACUCGAAGUUGAGAUCAAUGCUAGUCUCAUGACUCUCUUUGAUGUAAUCGGCACAAAACUAAAAGCUGCUGAAGAAAUCAGACUUGAUAAAGAAAGAGUCAAACAACAUAACCAAGAGGUAAUGCCUGAGCUUCAAAGAAAGAACACUGAACUUAAAGAUGUUGGGAAAUAAUGCCAACAAACUUAGGAAAGAAAUAGCACGACUAAAGCGUAGCUUACAGAAUGCUUAUGACGAGGAAGAGAUGAAAGCAAUGGAAAAUGCCCUUAAAGAUAAACAGUUAGUUAUUAAUCAACUUGAAAAUGAUGUAUCUGCUAACAAGAAUGUUGACAAGAACCAGAAAAAGGCAAUGAACAAUCUAUAUUCAGACGAUGCUGAAGCAAAAUAUCUCGAUAAGGCUAAAGCAAUGAUAUUUGAGCAGAAAAACAACCUCAAAAAACUUAAUGAGGAAUACAAAUCAGAAGAGACUUCUUUAGUCCUUCAGAGACAAAAGAUCUUUAAGCUACAAGAGAAAUGCAAGAAUUACGAUAAGCUCUUAAAGCUCUCCAAAAAGAAAUCCCUCACUGACCAAGAAGCCAACUCUAAGUUUGAGGAGAAAAUAGAAGAACUAGAGCUCGAGCUAAGACAAAUAGAAGUAACUCAGCUUGAACAACUAGAACUUAAAAAGGAACUGCUCAGCACAGUUAAGGACAAAAAGGAGAAAGUUCAGCAUGAUGUAAACCUUCUUGAAUUGAAAAUUAGAGAGAAACUUCAGGAAGAGAAAUUGUCUGAAUUGAAAGCUAAAGAGUUAAAACGAGCAGUCCCUCAUAAAAAGUUAAAGCCAUUGACAAGGAAUGAUUCUCAGAGUCAUAGAAGCGCAAAAAGAAGUCAGGCAAAGAUGAACACCUCAGUUGAUGCAGUCUCUCGUUCAAUAAUGGGCAAGAGAAGAGGUAGUCUAACCAGAAUACCUCAGUUAAGAACCCACAAGAAAAAGAUAAAUAGUAGACUUAGAAUGAAUAUCAGCAUGGAUCAUCCAACUGGGUCAACUAGAAAAUAAUUCAAAACUUGCUAACUCAUCUGAAGAAUACUCUGACAGUGGAGUGCAAGCAUAUGGAACCCAAGAAUUUGUCAAAAAGGAAAUUCUGAAAGAGCUACCCAAAUUUAGUAGUAUAGGAUACAAGGGAUAUACUCCAACAGGCGUUGUGCCAGGGACGCUUAAAAUUCCAGGACUUCCUCCUCGUCCGUCCCACAACAUUUCACUAGACGACCCCCCACAGUCUAAUUUGAAUGUCUAUUUUAGAAUAAUUCAAUUUGAAUGUCUAUUUUAG